AUGCUUCUUGUAGGCAUUCUAUUUGCCAAUUUUCCAUGGUUAUAUAUUCGAGAAAGUUGGGGGACUUUUCUUAGAAAGACUGCUUUUUUGCUAAUUCUUCUUCGAUGCGGUUUUGGACUUAAUCCAAAAAUAUUACGUAAAGAAAUGUUAUUCUGUUCAAGUCUUGGACUUUUAACAACAAUUAUUGAAGUUAUUUCAAUUAUAAUUAUUGCACAUUUUUAUUUUAAUGUUGAUAUUUCUGUGUCUAUUUUAUUUGGUUUUGUGUUAGCUUCCACUUCCCCAGCAGUAACAGUCCCAACAAUGAUUGAAUUACAACAUAAAUAUAAAGAGACGUCUAAAGGAAUUCCAACAAUUGUUUUGGCUAGUGCUUUAAUUGAUAAUAUUUUUUGUAUUUCUGCCUUUUCUAUAGCUUAUGAAAUUGUUUCUUCAUCAAAAGAAGAAAUUUUAACUAAACUUAUUUUUGUACCAAUACAAAUUUUGGUUGGUCUUUUACUUGGAGCAUUUUUUGGUAUAUUAAUUCGAAAUAUUCCAAUAUCAAAUUUUGACGACAAAAUUUCACCUAAAUUACAUUUUUCCCGUACAAUUCUUCUUUGCUUUAUUUCAACUGCUUUGUUUUUUGGAUUGGAAGCUUUACAUUUAUCAGUCAGCGGGCCCAUAGCUGUUUUGUUGACAGCUUUUUUGGCAGCUUUUGGUUGGGCUAAUGACAAUCCAAAAAGGGCUCGACCCGAAGCUAAAGCUCUUUGUUUAAUUUGGGAUUUAAUUUUUCUUCCACUUUUAUUUUCUCUUAUUGGCUUACUUUUCAAUUUCUCAAAUUUUACUUUUAUUAUUUUUUGUAAUUCAAUUAUUUUUAUUUUAAUUGCUUUAAUUAUUAGAAUUUUUGUUGUAUUUUUAAUUACAAAUUUUAAUCAAAAUUUAAAUUUAAAAGAAAAAUUAUUUUUUUCGUCCGUCUUUAUUCCUAAAGCAACUGUUCAGGCCGCAUUAGCUCCAAUUCUCUUCGAUUUCAGCAAUUUACUAGCUAAAAAUAAUUCUCAAUUUAUUUUACAAACAUGUAUUUUAAGUAUUUUAUUUACUGCCCCAACAGGACAAUUAUUAAUUAAAAUACUUGGAGAAUAUUUAUUGUCAAAUGAUGGAGAAAAUAAAAGAAGUUCAAUGACAGCAACGGUUACCCCAACAAUUGAAUCUAAACAAAUUUAAAAAGGAAACAAUUUAGGUAUCUGGUUAUAGUCGUAAAUGAACCAAAAAAUAUCGUCAUCCAAUCUUUUGCAGGACCCGUGACUACCAUUCCAAAUCUAGAAUGUACAUAAAUACAUAUCAGGAAUUGAGCCGGCAAAAAAACGG